CGCUGAGUGAAGAGUCUGGACAGGACCCUGGGAGAGUCAGAAGCACAUCCGGUGUUAGAAGAGCUGUGUGGGCUCCUAAGAGUCUGAGUGGAGGCUGUGUCCCACAGACUCUGGCAUCAUGAACAUAUUUGAUCGGAAGAUCAACUUUGAUGCGCUCUUAAAAUUUUCCCACAUAACCCCCUCGACACAGCAGCACCUGAAGAAGGUCUAUGCCAGUUUUGCCCUCUGUAUGUUUGUGGCGGCUGCUGGGUCCUAUGUCCAUGUGGUUACUCAUUUCCUUCAGGCUGGCCUGCUCUCUGCCUUGGGCUCCUUGGGGUUGAUGAUUUGGCUGAUGGCAACACCUCAUAGCCAUGAAACUGAGCAAAAAAGACUGGGACUUCUUACUGGAUUUGCUUUCCUUACAGGAGUUGGCCUGGGCCCUACUCUGGAGUUGUGCAUUGCCAUCAAUCCCAGCAUUCUUCCCACCGCCUUCAUGGGCACAGCAAUGAUCUUCACCUGCUUCACCCUGAGUGCACUCUAUGCCAGGCGCCGCAGCUACCUCUUUCUGGGAGGUGUCUUGAUGUCAGCCAUGAGCCUGAUGCUCUUGUCUUCCCUGGGUAAUCUUUUCUUUGGAUCCAUUUGGCUUUUCCAGGCAAACCUGUAUGUGGGGCUGGUGGUCAUGUGUGGCUUCGUCCUUUUUGAUACUCAACUCAUUAUUGAAAAAGCCGAAAAUGGAGAUAAGGAUUACAUCUGGCACUGCGUUGACCUCUUCUUAGAUUUCAUUACUCUCUUCAGAAAACUUAUGAUGAUCCUGGCUAUGAAUGAGAAGGAUAAGAAGAAAGAGAAGAAGUGAAAUGACCUUCCAGCCCUGCCCAAUUUGACCUCCUCUCCCUCCACCCCUCAUUUCCUCUUCGCACACAUUACAGGUGGUGUGUUCUGUGAUAAUGAAAAGCAUCAGAAAAGCUUUUGUACUUUGUGGUUUUCUCUACUUUGAAUUUUUUGAUCAAAAACUGAUUAGCAGAAUAUA